AUGAUGACUCAUCAAUCAGAGAAGUUCAACGAUAAUGAAAGUUCAAGUGAUGAUGAAUCAAUGACACAAGAUUCUCCUGUCAAUGAUGACAGAAAUGAUGAUGAUUAUGUCAAUGUUGAAUUUAAUGAUCUGAAUGAAGAAGAGAAAGAAAAUCCACAUAUGGACAGUGGUAUCACAGCUGAGUCAAACGACGAUGAUGAAUCACCACGUGUUGAUGAAACAACUGAUCCUGAAUCAAUGGAUGAAGAUACAUGCCAUGCUUUUUAUGAACUUGAACAUCAAAAAGAAAAAGCGAUGGAACAAUUAUCAAAUGUAUUUCAACUAUUGAACAUAGACCCGAUCCAUGACAGAUCAGCAGUAUUACGCAUUCGAGCCAAAGUCGAUGAGGUACAUAGAAAACUUAAUCGAUUAUGUGACGUAUUAGAUGAAAAAUCUCAAGUUUCGUAUGAUCCAAAUCCUCAUGGAUUAAGGAUAUGUGAAUCAAAUGAUCUUUUGGAUGGAUUAAAGAAGUUAUAUGCUGAUAGUAAUGACAGUGAACAAGUUCGUUUGAUGACAAUUGCUCCCAAAGAAUGGGGUCGACAAAAAAUUGAAAAAUGGUGCGUAUUCUAUCCUCAUUUCGUCCGAUAUCUUCGCAUUUUUCCAAUCAAAUGUUACUAA